AUGAGAGGACUUGUUGUCUUGGUUACUUUGGCCUGUUUUGCCAGCGCUCAGCACCAAGCACUGAUUGACUAUUUGGAGCGGAGGCUGCUCGCUAUUGAGGACCGGAUCUCUCUGUGGCAUGAACAAACAGCCCGAUACGCCUCUGAGCUGCGGGAGCUGAAGCAGCAGAUGGUUUCCCAGCUGGAGAACUUGGACAAAGAGAAGGAGGCGCUAAGGAUGAAUCUGGACGGUGUGGGGACGAGGGUGGACCGGGUCGAGCGUGAGCUGGACUAUCUGGAGACUCAGAACGGAGCGCAGCCGUGUGUGGACGUGGACGACAAGCUGAUAGAGCAGCAGGUGACGCUGGUGCAGGAGAAGCAGAAGGCCAAGUACUCAAAACUGUCAGACUGCAGCGACAUGAUCUCCAGCAUAAAAGCCAUGAAGAUCUUGAAGCGAAUCGGAGGGCCAAAGGGCAUGUGGACCAAAGACGGCAGCAGGGGCUCUGGAAAGAUUUACAUUUUUAACGGGACAGAUGAAGACACCAUUCAUGAGUUUGCCACUGUGCAGGACUUCUCCCGCUCGCUGGGCAUGUCUCUGUCCAAGAAGGUGACGCUGCCGUCUGCCUGGAGGGGAACAGGACACGUCGUCUUCAAUAAUUACGCAUAUUAUAUAAGUCAAGUUGACGAGAUAACGGUGGUUAAAUAUGACAUGAAGAACAGCUCCGUGACGGACCGCGCAGUGUUUCCAGUGCAGGACCAUGUCCCCGUGUACGGCCUGACCCCUGAGACGCUGAUGGACCUGGCUGUGGACGAGGAAGGCCUGUGGGCGAUCUAUGCCACGCGGCAGAGCGAGAGGUACAUCUCUCUGGCUAAAAUGGACGCCAACUCGCUGGACAUCGAGCAAAUGUGGGACACAAAUUGUCCAAGAGAGAACGCUGAGGCGGCUUUCGUCAUCUGUGGCACUUUGUACGUGGUGUACAACACCAAACAGCCCGGUCGCUCACGCGUCCAGUGUGUGUUUGAUGUCAACGGUAUGGUGACCAACGAAGACGCACCGCUGGUUUACUUUCCAAAGCGCUAUGGUGCCCACUCCAGUCUGAAGUACAACCCGCAGGAGCAGCUGCUCUACGCCUGGGACGACGGCUACCAGAUCCUGUACAAGCUCAUCAUGAAAAAGAAACUAGAGAUUUGAACCUGAUAAUAAACCGCACCAUUCUCCCAAAACCUCCACAAACAAGCCUAACGAUAUAACCCUGGAACUACAUCAAGUGGACUUUAUGUUACUAUACACCAUUUUUAAUGCAUCCUGUUGCAGCCUGGUCUCCUAAAAAGUACAUUCUCCUACAACUAAACUGCAAUGUCAGCUACAUUACUAGUAAAACACAUUGUACCUCCUGAUUCCAUUUGGGUUUUUUUUUGUUUUUUUUCUAAUCAAAGUCCAUAUAGGAAGCAGGUCAGGGUGGAUGGAUGGUUUAAAUAAUUGCAGGACUUUCACACAGGAGACCACUAUAUGUGCACCUCAUGAAACCAAAAGUACUUUUUAUCUUUCAACCAAAGCCAUGAUCAAAAUCAUAAUCAUAGUCAGAAAUACUUUAUUCAUCGCAAGCAGUAAAUUGCUUUUGUUACAGCUGCUGCUGUAUAAUAAAUAGAAAUGGAAAUAAGUAAAUAAAAAAAAUGCUAUAUACUAUACUAUACAACAACAAUAUAAAAUACAAAUGAUCUUUUCAGAAACCAGAUUUAAACUAGUAGAUCUUUGCCAAAACAUAAUCAAACUGUGAGCUUUUCACAACAUUAACCAUGUGUUUAAACCACAACUGUAAUCCAGGAGUUUCCCUCAAAAGAUUUGGCUGUAGAAUUUAUGCAAAAAAAAAAAAAGGUUAUAUGGUAUAACAAUUCUUCUUGAAAACUGACUUCAGUUGUGAGCCAGUGACCAUCAAGUAUGUUGGUUUUGUUUCAGUUUUAAAUAAAAGUUUAAGAUUAUACUGCUCUGAAAAGUCUCAACAAUUAAAUGUUUUGGUUUUUUUUGGUUUUUCUAAAAAAGAGUACAACUCUUGUAGAAAUUAAUGGACGACAAUGGAGGUUGGGAAAAUAAAUUCAAAUGUCUUAAAUACUACACUACAAUCAUGGAAAAAAAAUAUUAGACCACCCUUGUUU